UUCCUGGGUGAGCCGGGCUCGGGCCGCUCCGCUGCUGCUUUCCUGCUCGGGGUUAACAAUCAAGAUGGUACAUGCUGAAGCCUUUUCUCGUCCUUUGAGUCGGAAUGAAGUUGUUGGUUUAAUUUUUCGUUUGACAAUAUUUGGUGCAGUAACAUACUUUACAAUCAAGUGGAUGGUAGAUGCAAUUGAUCCAACCAGAAAGCAAAAAGUAGAAGCUCAGAAACAGGCAGAAAAAUUAAUGAAGCAAAUUGGUGUGAAAAAUGUGAAGCUUUCAGAAUAUGAGAUGAGUAUUGCGGCCCAUCUAGUAGACCCUCUUAACAUGCAUGUUACUUGGAGUGAUAUUGCAGGUUUAGAUGAUGUCAUUACAGAUCUGAAAGACACAGUCAUCUUGCCUAUUAAAAAGAAGCACUUGUUUGAAAAUUCCAGGCUUCUUCAGCCUCCAAAAGGUGUUCUCCUCUAUGGGCCACCAGGCUGCGGUAAAACUUUGAUUGCCAAGGCUACGGCCAAAGAAGCAGGUUGUCGAUUCAUCAACCUUCAGCCUUCCACACUGACUGAUAAGUGGUAUGGAGAAUCUCAGAAGUUGGCCGCUGCGGUUUUCUCCCUUGCCAUAAAGCUGCAGCCCUCCAUCAUCUUCAUAGAUGAAAUUGACUCCUUUCUACGAAAUCGUUCAAGUUCUGACCAUGAAGCUACAGCCAUGAUGAAAGCUCAGUUUAUGAGUCUCUGGGAUGGAUUGGAUACUGAUCAUACCUGCCAGGUCAUAGUGAUGGGAGCUACUAAUCGUCCUCAGGAUCUUGACUCCGCUAUUAUGAGAAGGAUGCCAACAAGAUUUCAUAUCAAUCAGCCAGCUUUAAAACAAAGAGAAGCAAUCCUCAAACUCAUCUUAAAAAAUGAAAAUGUGGAUAGACAUGUGGACCUGUUAGAAGUAGCCCAGGAAACUGAUGGGUUUUCCGGAAGUGACCUAAAGGAGAUGUGUCGAGAUGCUGCCCUCCUCUGUGUUAGGGAAUAUGUUAAUUCUGCAUCAGAAGAAAGCCAUGAUGAAGAUGAAAUUCGGCCUGUGCAACAACAGGACCUGCAUCGGGCAAUUGAAAAGAUGAAGAAAUCAAAGGAUGCAGCAUUUCAGAAUGUUUUAACACACGUUUGUUUAGAUUAAGAGUAAAGAUCAUUUGUACAGUUCAGUGUGACCCGGUUUGGUGUGUCCUUUUAUUAGUGGAAAUAGAGUCGAAGGAGUGUUCUUUAACUAGUGAGGGAGUCAGAUGUUUGACACAUUUUUUAUACUCUGAAUUCUAAGUUAUUGAGAUACAGUUAUAUUACUACUGUCACAAAUCAUGAGGAGGAACAAUUUAAUCCAUCUUGACUGUGGGUGCUUGUGUUUGACCUCUUUAGCCAUAUGUUGCAGCCUUAUAGCAUGGUCUUAAAGUAACAGAUGAGUCAUUGAGACAUUAGUGAGAAAUGGGGAUGUGAUUUAAGUGCCGGUUUCUAGAUAAGUAUGUGUGUAUGUAUGUAUGUGUGUAUAUUAAGUGUAUAUAUUCACACAUUUUAUAUUGACAUUCUGUAGAUAUGUUUGAAUACAAAACCUUUUUUUUAUCCACCUACUGAAUCAAAAGGUACCAAAUAGUCUAUAUAGAAAAAUGAAGAUUUAAAGUUGUGUCUGAAAGGUACAGUGAUUCAGUUAUUUCCAGUUGUCACUUUUUUUUUUAAAGUUAAAGUAUUCCCUGUGGUUCAGUAGUUAGAAGUCAAGUACAUCUGAAUACUUUAGAUGUAGUUUAAUUAUUGUGGUUGCCAGGAUAAUAAAAAUACUCCUUGAGUGAUCACAUUGAAUGGUUGUCAUGCAGUUGUGAGAGUGAAAUCAUUUUCACUUCUUUCUGCAAGCACAAUGGGCUGAACAUUGUUUUAGUUGCUCUAUGUAAAGGUGGACUGAAAGUCUUUCACAGAAUGGCUUUGAAAAAGCCCAGUACCAUUCAGUCUAUGAAUGUGACUUUCCCUUCUUCAGCUAAUGUGACAUAGUUCUGUUUUAACCAUAUUUUUCAAAUGUUAUUUUAAAGUUGUUCCUUUAUUAGGAUCAAAUACCAUGAGGUAAUUAAAAAAAAGAAGUAUGUUUAAAGCUAGUAGGUGUUACUAAAUGUGCUAAAAUAAUCAUUAAGAUUUUUUUUUUAAAGUUCUCUUAGUAUAAGUUGUGCCCAGGUAGGGCAGACAUCCACAUCAGAAUUCUCAUAUUAACGUCUAUAGUCAUUUGAUGCUCUGUGCACUACCUAUGAAAAAUAUUUUUAUGACCAAUAUUUCACUAAUCGGAAUUUUGUUAUAAGCACUUAAACACAGCAUGAGGAAAAUGGCACAAUAUGAUCUUGAAGUGCGUGCCUUCUGAAUCAACCAUAAGAUUAAAUUAUGCUGAAUAUAUUUUGUUUUUUUUUGUAUUUCUUUGAAAAUUUUGUCUUUAUUUGUGAGUUACUGAGUUAAUUUCUUUUAUAAUGAGUCUCUCAGUAGUCUACUGGAUAAUUUAUUCUCUUAAAUUGUGUUUUGGUGGGUGGCACAGAGAUUGCAGGAAAACACUUCAUUCGAUAAUGAAAAGCCAGUUUUGAAAAUAGUCAAGAUGAUUGAAAAAUGCAAAACACAAGAUACCAAAAAUAAAAAUUUCAUUUCCAUUUUUAAUAACUAUUAUGUUAUUAUUUAAUAAAUUGUAAUAAAGAGGUA